AUAAAUAAUUUUGUAUUUAAAACAGGGCGCCACCUGCUGCAACAACAACAACAAAUAUUCGAAGCGAGUUGCGUUAGUUUAACUGAUAAGACAAAUGAGAAAGUAAAGGCGCUUAUCAGUGCCGGGUUUGACCUCUGACCCGCUACGACGGGGGCACAGCAAAUAUAUGAUUACAGAGCGUUGAGUAAAUUAUAAAAUUUUUAGCUUUCAGUUUUCAAUUAACAGUUGCGCAGAUGUGGCGUAUGAAUUUAAUAAAAAAGGCAGCGCGCCAGGAUGUGCGGCAAGUAGUGCUGCGUCAUCAAAGUGCGGCAGCGCCUGAGCUGCCCGCUGCGGCGGAUGUGGUGGUCAUAGGUGGUGGCUCCGCCGGCUGUCAUACGCUGUAUCAUUUGGCCAAGCGUGGCGUGCGUGCGGUGCUGCUGGAGCGAGCACAGCUAACGGCUGGCACGACCUGGCACACGGCGGGUUUGUUGUGGCGUCUGCGUCCCAGCGAUGUGGAUAUAGCGCUGUUGGCCAACUCGCGACAGAUGCUGCGCCAGCUGGAGGCGGAGACAGACAUGGAUCCGGGUUGGAUACAAAACGGUGGCAUUUUCAUAGCACACAAUGAAACGCGUUUAGAUGAGUACAGAAGAUUGGCUACAGCCGGCGCUGCCUUGGGCAUUGAGAAUCAAAUAUUGAGUCCGCAAGAGACGCAGAAGCUGUUCCCGCUGCUCGAUCCGAAGGCUUUCAUUGGCGCGCUCUACUCGCCAGGCGAUGGUGUCAUGGAUCCUGCCAUGCUGUGCGCUGCUUUGAAGAAGGCUGCCAGCAAUAAAGGCGCCAAGGUCUAUGAGCACUGCGAUGUUAAAGAAAUAUUAGUAGAGCAAACGUCCAAGGGCAAAAAGGUAGUGGGCGUGUCUACGCCUUUUGGCAAUAUACGUACUGAGAUGGUGGUGAAUGCUACGGGCGUGUGGGGACGUGAUCUGGUGGCGCCUCUGGGCACACAUCUGCCGCUGCUGCCCAUGAAGCACGCCUACAUCGUCUCCGAGUCCAUACCGGGUGUGCGUGGUCUGCCCAACAUACGCGAUCAUGAUUACUCCACGUACUUCCGCAUACAAGGCGAUGCUAUUUGCAUGGGCGGCUAUGAGCCCAAUCCUAUACUGCUGGAUCCUGUGGCCAAGGACUUUCAUUUCGGGCUGUAUGAGCUGGAUUGGUCAGUGUUUGAAACGCAUGUGGAGGGUGCGCACAAGCUGUGCCCAGAAUAUGCCAAGUAUGGCGUGAAGAGCACAGUCUGCGGUCCGGAGUCCUUUACGCCGGAUCACAAGCCGCUCAUGGGCCCCGAUCCGCAGGUAACUGGACUCAUGCACAAUUGUGGCUUCAACUCGGCGGGCAUGAUGUUCGGCGGUGGCUGUGGUGAGCAGCUCGCUCUUUGGAUACUCAAUGGACAGCCGGACUUGCCCAUGUUCAGCUUCGACUUGCGUCGCUUUACUCCUAAGCAGGGCUUGGAUACAAAGUGGAUUGCGGAGAAGUCCCACGAGAGCUAUGUUAAGAACUACAGCAUGGUGUUCAAAUACGAUCAGCCGCUGGCAGGACGUGACUUCCAAAAGGAUCCGCUGCAUGAGGAAAUGCUAAAGGCGAAUGCGUUUAUGGAGGAGAAACAAGGCUGGGAGCGUCCCGGCUUCUUCCUGCAGCAGCCGGCGGCAGUCCUGCCCUACGAUUGGUAUGGCAGCUAUGAGCAUAGUCGCCAUGUGGACAGCGAGUAUGAGCGCGUCCUGGAAGGCGAUCUUAAGUACAACAGCUUCUCGGAUCAUCAUAAGCUGAUUGGCUCCGAGGCUUUGGCUUGUCGUAACAAUGCUGUGGUCUUCAACAUGAGCUACUUUGCCAAGCUGCUGCUGACGGGUCCACAGGCCCAAAAGGCAGCCGAUUGGUUGUUCAAUGCCAAUACCAAUCGCGAGCCCAGCAAAACUGUUUAUACCUGCGCAUUGAACGAUGCUGGCGGCGUGGAGGCGGAUGUAACCAUCAGCCGUCUUGUCUCUGGUUCGGGUAUGCCGCAUGAUCCCAAGUUUGAGGGCCAGGGCUAUUAUAUCGUAGCUGGUGGUGCCUCUGCCUAUUACACUUAUAGCGUGCUGCUGGGUGAGCUGCGUCGCAAGGGCUUCAAUGUGCAGCUGCAGGACAUUACCAGCGAACUGGGCGUCAUCUCCAUACAGGGACCCAACAGUCGUCGCAUAUUGCAGCCGCUGCUGGACAGCGAACUCAGCGAUGAGCAGCUGGCUCCAAAUGGCACCAAGCUGGUGCAAGUGGGUGGCGUGGGAGCGCGUCUAUUGCGUGUGAGCUUUGUAGGCGAACUGGGCUAUGAGCUGCAUGUGCCCAAGGCGCAGUGUCCACAGGUCUAUCAGGCGCUGAUGCAGGCGGGAUCGGCGCAGCAGCUGCGCAACGCUGGAUAUCGUGCGCUCUAUUCGCUCAGCUCGGAGAAGGGCUAUCAUCUGUGGAGCUUUGAUCUGCGUCCGGACGAUACGCCACUGGAGGCUGGUUUGGGUUUCACUUGCCGCAAGUCUGGCGAUUAUCGCGGACGCGCUGCUCUAGAGCGUCAACGUGAGCAGGGCCUGAAGAAGCGUUUGGUAUAUCUUACGUUGGAAGACCAAAUGCCCAUUUGGGGUCUGGAAGGUGUAUAUCGCAAUGGUGAGCCUGUGGGCAUCCUGCGUCGUGCCGAGUAUGCUUAUACGCUGGGCAAGUCUCUGGGCCAGGCUUACAUCACGCGCUCCGAUGGUCAAGCUGUUGACGCGGCUUAUCUCAAGGCGGGCGACUAUGAGGUGGAUAUUCUAGGCAAGCGCUACAAGGCGAAGUGUCAUCUGCGCAGUCCAUUCGAUCCCAAGGGUUUGCGUGUGCUGGGCAACUACGAAGCAAGUGAGUAAAUAAAUAUAUUAAUUGUUUAAUUAACUGCUGUUGUACAAAUAAAGAAAAUGAUGUAGCCAAAUUUAAAUUGUGUUAUU